CGGGGGGUCCGGCGUUGCCGUGGCAGCGGCGGAGGCGGCUGGGUCUGUUUGGCGGCGGCGGCUCCAGGUCCAGCGCAGUCAGCGGGGCUGAGCGGACCCGCCCGGGCACGGCCCCCGCCGCGGUGCAGGCAACAGCUGGUGGUCUCCUGUCCUGCAGUAUGACAGGGGCAGGACCAGGAUUCCUAGAAUUACUCUGCCUCUCUACUCAGAUGCCCAGCUAGUGAUUACUGUGCAGUAAAACUGUUCUGUUAAGGACACCAUCCAUACAGGAAUCUCCUGGGUCUCCUAUCUCAGCCCUCAGAACCAUCCAGUCAUUUCCCUCUGCAGUCAGAAAAGCAUUGCUUUCAUCAUGAGUUCCGAGUUAAAUGUCCCGGCGGAUCCUGCCACUCCUGCUUGCGGCUCUGAACCUGGCACAAAGGGCAUGGAUUAUCGGGACUGGGUCCGGCGUAGCUAUCUGGAAUUGGUCACUUCAAAUCAUCACUCUGUUCAGGCCCUCGCAUGGAGAAAACUGUACCUGAGUCGAGCCAAGCUCAAAGCUUCCAGCAGAACGUCUGCUUUGCUCUCUGGAUUUGCUAUGGUUGCCAUGGUGGAGGUGCAACUAGAGAUGCAGUAUCAGUACCCCCAAAUGCUGCUGAUUGCGUUCAGUGCCUGCACAACAGUGCUGGUAGCAGUUCAUCUCUUCGCCCUUCUCAUCAGCACCUGUAUACUACCUAACGUGGAAGCGGUGAGUAACAUUCACAACCUAAACUCCAUCAGCGAAUCCCCACACGAACGCAUGCAUGUCUACAUAGAGCUGGCCUGGGGUUUCUCCACAGUCUUGGGAAUCCUCCUUUUCCUCGCUGAGGUGGUGCUUCUGUGCUGGAUAAAAUUUCUGCCUGUGGACUCCAUUAUGAAAAACGAGACUACCGUCAUCCAAAAGCCCAGCGGCCAUGUGGGCUGGCAAGCGGCUCUGGUCUCCACCAUCAUCAUGGUCCCAGUGGGUCUGAUUUUUGUUGUUUUCACCAUUCACUUCUACCGUUCUCUGGUGCGGCACAAAACGGAGCGACAUAACCGGGAGAUUGAAGAGCUUCACAAACUGAAAGUGCAAUUAGAUGGACAUGACAGAGGGUUGCAGGUAGUGUGACAGAGGAACAGGGAUCUGUUUCAAAGCAAAUCAUUUUGCUGAGGCGAAGAGCAAAAUAAAUAUUUUGCUAACAUGAGCAACCCAAACCAAUGAUGGAUUAUUUGGGGGUCUAACAAACUAAAAUGUGAAUUGCCUGAUUUAUAGGGCAAUGGGUUCUAGUGCUUUUCCAAACUAAUGGGGUCUCUGGCCUAUUUCUAGUCCUACACAAUUGUGUACUUAAGUUGAUACUGCCAUACAGUUAAAAACCAAAACGUUACCUACUUUAACAUUAUGUUCUGGAGGGUGGUUUCCAAAUUGUUAUAUUUUAACAAUGCAACCUUCUUUGGCCAAGAGUGAAACUACUUGACACUUCAAAGAAAGCCACUGUUUCUGUAGGAUCUGUUUGUUUGGGUUAUUUUUAAGUGUCCGCGCUCUCUUGCUGGCUGUGCAGCAGCAAACUGACAAUGACUGUUUCCAGGGUUGAGGUGAUAAGUAGUGCUAUCGACUACAAAUCCGAGGACAUUCUGAAUGCGCUGCAGAACAUGGGUGUGUUACCUUUAUUAUAAAAUGGGUAUGACAGAAACCGCUCACUAGAAUGAUGCAAGAGGUUAGAAAUCAGCAGUCUUAGUACAUAUGUCCUCCUUUUGCUAUCCUCUCUUGCUAGUGCCUAACCCUCCUUUAGAACAGGGGAGAGAGAAUUUCAGACUGGCAGGAAGCUCUGUUUUUGCCUGCUUCAGUAGUGUCCAUUCUUUUACAAUGAAUGCAUGCCAAGAUCUUCUAAUGUUACUGAUAAUGAAAGUUGGUGUGUCCAGGGAAGGCUUACAGGUAUUUUCAUUUUAACAACAAAGACAUUGUUAAAGCAGGAAACUAACUGGGAAUUUAAAAAGACCUGGCAUAGAAUUUCGAAGGAUUAGAAAAGCAGAUUUAAAGGGGUGAGGAAAGAUAGCACAUAACACAGUGACAGAUUUCAGCUGUAUGCUUUCUUCAUUUGCUUUGUAUAUACCAGAAUGAUUCAUGUGUUUUGCUGGCCUGGUUUGUCACAGAGGGCUCGGAGUCCAGAUCCUGUGCUUUUCCCUUGUUCUUUGUGCUAGUUGUGCCUGAGAGCAUACAGCAUUCUUACCUCUUAGGGAAGAAAGCAUCUUGCAUUUUCUCAAACAACACAUACCCCUUGUGGCACAUGGAGCUGCAUUUUUGAGUUCAGGGUGAGCUGCAAACAGCCUUUGCCAUUCCAAAGGGAAAGCUGCGUGCAGUUAAAGUACUAUCACAUUUCACUUGUUGGCUGUAUUUCAGCAGUGGAGGAAGUGAUUCUUGUUUGUGCUUAUGUAGCUUAGUGAGUGAAACUUGUAAAGCGCUGUAGCAUCUUUCUGGGUGAAAGUAUUAAUAAAGUCCCAACUAAUUACAACUACUUCACGGGGAGGCAAAAUAUUCUUCUGCAAUCAGUAGCUUGAUUUUAGUUUUUAAAGGAAAAGUCAUACGUAUUUCAGCUACAGAAAUAUGUCAAAAUAUUUAAGCAAAAUGGUCCGGUCCUGUCUCAUCACGCUCCGUAAUCUGCAGGCGGCUGCCAGUGCUAAUUUCAGGCCUUACUCCCUUGCAUUCUAUAAUAGUCUUACAAUUUCUGCCAGUUCUUGAAUAUUUCUAAAAUAAUUGAAGAAGUUUGUAAUGUUCUAUUUAAUCCCCUCCCUUUAACCAGUGGUAUUUAGGAAAUAUGUCAGUGUAUGAAGUCAGAUUCCCAGCAUGGAGUGUGUGUGAAAUAAUGCGUGCAGCAAGAUGAGAAUGUAGCUUUAAAUAUCUCUCUCUGACAAGUUCCUGGAAAGCCAACUCCAAUCCUUUUUUUCAUUUUAAUUCAGUCAUUCCUGGGCAAGCGGCUUAGCGCGUGUCUGUUUUUUCAUCCGUUAUUCUUACCCCCAUCAACAUGGGCCAUGUUUACAUAGGACUACCUACUACUUUCCACAUACACAAUAUAAGGACCUUGUUCCUGUAAGGGGUAGUUUUAAAAUUCCUGCUAAAGCUCCUGAAUGUAAUUUCAGUGAGCUUCCAUACCAAAUGCUAAUACACUUCCUUAUAUGUAGUACCUCUAUCCUAAGGACCCCAACGUGUUUUGAAUGUCACCCAGUAAUCUCUUCAUCCGUUAUUGAAAUGUAGCCACUAUUUGACAUUGCACAGGUACACCAUGCAAGUUUUAGGAUGGAACUUUAAUUCUGAUUGCAGUUGAAAUUGCUGGGAUAGUUUAGGUAAGUAGAAUAUAAUUACCUGAUGUGGAGGUUGGCUAGGGCAUUAGGGUUGAAUUCUGUCCCACCUCACCCCUUUUCUCAUCUCACCACAGUAAAAAUUAGUAUUGACAUGACAAAACCAGAUCAGGAUCACAGUAAUGAAAAUCAGAUUUUCAAAUGUAGUGGUAUGAAAUUUUUCACAACCUUAAGUGAAGUAGCUAGGUUGACUUAAGUUUUUGGUGUAGACCAGGCCUCAGGCUGUGCCUAAGUUUGUCCACUAGAGCAGCGGUUCUCAACCAGGAGUCUGGGGCCCCCAGGGGGGCCGUGAGCAGAUUUGAGGAGGGCCGCCAAGCAGGGCUGCCAUUAGACUUGCUGGGGCCCAGGGCAGAAAGCCGAAGCCCCAAAACCCCGAGCCCCAUCACCCGGGGCUGAAGCCUGAGCAACUUAGUUUCAUGGGGCUACCUCCUAAUGCUGGUCCUGCCUUUUAUAUGCAGAAAAACAGUUGUUGUGGCACAAGUGGGCCAUGGAGUUUUUAUAGCAUGUUGGGAGUGGGAGGCCUCGGAAUGAAAAAGGUUGAGAACCCCUGCACUAGAGGCUGUCUCCUGCAGGCCAGUAGGAUGAUUUGGCCCUCCAGCUAAAUCAAAUCAUCCUCUGCCGUGGCAAAUAAAGUCAAAACAAGAACAAGCAAGAUUCAGGCCACAUCCCUGCCCAGUGUGUGUGUGGGCAUUAAUCUUUCCCCUGGCAUCAAUAGUUCUUUUACUGCUUGGCUGCAGGGGUCCACGACAGCCAGGCAUUCCUAGAUCCUCUCAUCAGCUUUUUGCCAAGGCUCCUCUCCAGCUCCUGCCCCAAGAGUAGUGGUUCCUUUUCUCUUUCUCCUGUGCCUCUUCAUCUUCCUCUAAUGUGUCUUCAUCCUCACCGCUCUCGCGUACAGACUCACUGACGUGUGUUCCUUAAAGGUUGCAUAUGGUGUCAGCCACAGCAACGGGAAUUGUAGUUGAUCCAAAAAAGGGUGUUUGGCAGCAUGGUGAAACUCAGCCGUUUCCCAAGCAAUGUCUGAAGCAGUAUGAGCUUGUUUUAAUUAGACUUUUGCUAAGGCUUCAUGGAGUUGAGCCCUAUCGUGGCCAGCUGGGCGUGUCUGAGCCACUAUGCCAAAAAUUCCAGCAGCUGCUGCUUGUCUUCGCACGAACAGGAUUUCCAGUAGUGAAGUUUGUAAGUGCCUUUUCUGUUUCCUUCCAUUACAUUCUCAGUUGUCUCAGUUUACCAGUUGUUGUCUUGCAUUUUCCCCCACUGCCUCUAGUCCCUCUAUUCCAGAUUUCACCCCUGGGACCUCCCUAUACUGUAGAGCAACAGUUUGUCUUCAACUCCCAACUGCUUGCUUCAUGAUUCCCAGGGCCACAUUCUGCUUAUAUCUAGCUCUGUUCAGGCUUUCUCCCUGGCUUCUUCCUGCAGUCUUCUACUCAGCCCCUCAUGGACUCUGCUCCUGAUUCUUUGCCGCAGGGAGCCACCAGUGGUUUCGCUGCAGAUCCCUGAUGACUGCUCUUCCCCAGGUCUUCUUCUGAGUCUUCUCAGGCAGUUCCUUCCUUGGCUCCCUUUUAGCAGGGAACCAUGGAGGCCCUGGCUCAAGCUAUCCUUGAUGAGCCUUCCCACCUAGCUGCUGCUCUUCUCAGGUCUGUCUCCCCUGCUGAGGGAAGGAAACUACCUAUCUAGGUACUUAUAAGGCCCCUCCUCUUCAUAGCGUUGAGGCACCUCUUAUUACUUAAAAAGGUGACAAUGAUCUCUCUCUCUCUCUUUCACUGCCACCAAGUAUCAGGCUUAGAGUAUUUCUGAAAAGAAUGAAUUUGAGAAUGAGGGCACUAUUGUGGGAAAGUCUAGGGGAAGAGAUGGGUUUUAUACUUGGCUCUGAAUACAUUGAGGUUAGUGGCUGUUCUGACUUCUUGUGGAAGUGAGUUCCAUAUUUUUAGUCCAGACCCUGUCUCCCAUAGUUACAAACCUACACCUAUUGGUCGACAGUAUCAUUUUCCCAUGAAAACACAGUGGUUGGGAGGUCCUUAUCACACAGGGAGAUAUGUGGUCUCAGGGGUUUGGGACCAGUUCUGUGUAGAACUUUGAAAAUCAGGACUGUGACUUUUUGAACUGGACUGUCUUCUUUGGGAAACCAGUGUAGAAAGCAGUGUGUUGGGGUAAGAACAUGAGAAUGGCCAUACUGGGUCAGACCAGAGUUCCAUCUAGCCCAGUAUCCUGUCUUCCGACAGUGGCCAAUGCCAGGUGCCCCAGAGGGAAUGAACAGAACAGGUAAUCAUCAAGUGAUC